AUGGGCAAUUGUGAAUCAGAUUAACAGAGUCAAUUCUAAUAACCUGACCAUAUUGAUCUAAGUUCAAGUCAUAAUAAAAGGAUCUUUGACCACAAGGCUAUUGAAUAAGAGGAAUUCACUAGUAACAAAGUUCCAGAACCAAUAGAUGUUCAGCACGAAAUUGAAGAUGAAUUACAAAAUUUAGAUCCAUAACCGGCCAUCAUUAAUCUACCUCCAUUUAAUUUUGGAGAGAAAAAACACUUAAAUGCAGAGAGCAGACCAGCUUAUAGAUUAGUUGAUGGAUCCACUUAUGUAGGAGAAUGGGUUGGAGAUUAAAUGACAGGUAAUGGUGUUUUAGAAGGAAGAAAUGGAAAAUAUGAAGGUCAAUUUGAGAAUGGUAGGAAACAAGGAAGAGGGCGAUUCACCUUUCCAAAUGGAGAAGUUUAUGAAGGAGAUUGGAAGGAUGAUUAAGAGGAUGGCAUAGGAACAUAUUAUUAUUCUUAAGGAACAGUUUAUCACGGAUAGUGGGUUUAAAAUUAAAAACAUGGAUAAGGAAGAGAAAACUUUCCCAAUGGAUCCAAUUUUCAAGGAAAUUUUGAAAAUGGAAUUAAAACUGGACAUGGAGUAUUUAUAUGGAAAGAUGGAACCAAAUAUGAAGGCAGAUUUAUAGAUAAUAAAAUAUGUGGAUAAGGUUAAAUGGAAUACCCAAAUAAAAGAGUUUACGUAGGAGAGUUCUUGAAUGGUAAAAUGCAUGGAAAGGGAAAAUUUAGCUGGCCUGAUGGUAGAAUUUAUGAUGGGGAGUAUUAAUAUGACAAAAAGCAUGGUUAUGGUAUCCUAACUGGAUAGAAUUACAGGUAUGAGGGUGAAUGGAAGGAAGGCAAAAUGGAAGGAUAAGGAACUUUGACUAAAGAUGGAGAAAUUAAAGUAGGCUUUUGGCAUAAUAAUAAGUUUGUUGGUGAAAACAAUUAUUGA